UCCCGAGCGAGAAGAGACGGAGGACAGAGGUGGCUGUCGUGCAUCGUUUGCAGAUAAAUUUACACAAGAAAUCGUUGUGGGGAGAUUACGAACGAGCAGACGGCUCCGAUGUGAUCUGACGCGGUGGGACUGAUAUUCCCGCGGCCCCGAGACACCAGCGCUUCGUUCGGAAGACCUGGUUAUAGUACUGAUCAGACUACCUGAUACUGUGUGAAGAUGGACAAAAUUGACCUGGUGCAGAAAGCUAAGCUGUCAGAGCAGGCGGAACGCUAUGAUGACAUGGCAUCGGCGAUGAAGGCCGUGACGGAGCAGGGCCACGAGCUUUCCAACGAAGAGCGCAACCUGUUGUCUGUGGCCUACAAGAACGUAGUGGGUGCCCGGCGCUCUUCCUGGCGUGUCAUCUCCAGCAUUGAGCAGAAGACGGAGGGCAGUGAGAAGAAGCAGCAGAUGGCACGCGAGUACCGUGAGAAAAUCGAGACAGAGCUGCAGGAGAUUUGCAAUGAUGUACUGGGUCUUCUUGACAAAUACCUAAUUCCCAACGCAAGCCAGGCAGAAAGCAAGGUCUUCUACCUGAAAAUGAAAGGGGACUACUACAGAUACCUUUCUGAAGUGGCAUCCGGAGACUCCAAGAAGACUACAGUGGACAACUCGCAGAAGGCAUACCAAGAGGCUUUUGAAAUUAGCAAGAAGGAGAUGCAGCCAACACAUCCCAUCAGACUUGGCCUGGCUCUCAACUUCUCUGUGUUCUACUAUGAAAUCCUUGGGUCUCCUGAUCAGGCUUGUACUCUGGCAAAAACGGCAUUUGAUGAAGCAAUCGCUGAACUUGACACUUUGAAUGAGGACUCUUACAAAGACAGCACCCUGAUCAUGCAGCUACUAAGGGACAACCUCACUCUUUGGACAUCGGAAAACCAGGGUGAUGAAGGCGAGGCUGGUGAAGGGGAGAACUAAAGGCUGCACUGUUAUCCGUACCCACUCUAUCUUACACCACUCCUGCAUCCCAGCUCCACCGCCCUGCCAUUCUACUUCUGUAUGACAAACAGCAUGACAUGUACCUGCCCUGUGGAGCACUCUGAGUGGAAAGGGGAAUGUCCAGUCAGUUGGCCCACUUUUUUUUUUUUUUUUUUUUUUUUUUGGGGGGGGAUUUAACACCUCUUUGAGUUGCAAGGCAAUUUAUUUUCAGUGUAUUGGUUUUGUUUCCCAGUCAUCUAUCCAUAUUAAAAUUUUGAAAUGUUUUCCCUGACUGCUUGUGAUUUUUUCACCCCAUUUUGUUAAUUUUUUGUUGUAAUUUCUCAUGGUAUUUGCUGAUUUUAUUAUAAGCUUAUUAAACUGCCAGUUUAUUUUCACCAAACACUGUGAUGCUUAGUUCUGUAUUUUGUUCCUUACAUUUCACUGUUAAAAUUGUUUUUGUAUGUGCCCCUUUUCAUUUUCUCAUCCAGAUAUUUAUCUAAGGUCCCGUUUUAGGGUAACAGUACAAUUCUGCUGUGGAUUCAUACAGAAAAUUCUAAUGAUGUAUUGUGACACUGACUCUGAGUAUGUUGUAUAAUUAUGUUCAUGGUUCAUUUUUCAAAGUGCAGAAAGUAAAGAAUGACCCUGUGUUUUACUAAUCCAUUUCUGUCCACCUGAAACAUUCCAUAAGAAUGUAACAUACCAUGUUUAGCACUUCAACGUUUCUGUAAUUUUCUAUGGACCUUAAACACAGGUGCUGUUUAACAUCAGUAUAAUAUAAAGUUGUCAUGUCUAUAUGCUAAAUUGUAAUUGCAUUUAGAAGUUAAGAUAGAGCUUAAUUUUUCUGGUAGGAAUUCGAAGUAACGUUUUAAACCUACAAGCUGUUUUCAAUUAAUCUAGCUCCUAUUUUUCCUAAAGUCUGGGAUUUUUAAAUGUUGUAUCAGAGCACAGCAGGUUUUUUUUAUUAUUAUUCUAGAUAUCUUGGCAGAGCUUAUCAGAAAAGUUGGCAUAAGCUGUAAAAAAAAUAAAAAUUAAAAAAAUCCACAUUUGUGGUGUAGUUCAGUAUAUUUGAUCAACUUUGCAAGAAAAUGUAACAUUACUAUGAAAAUAGAAUCAAAUACUGCAUUCUGGAUUUUUACAUUGAUGUAAAUCUGACCAGAAGAAGGACUGAGCAGUUCAGUGUCACAAUACUCAACCAUCAUAACAUUCCACAUAGGUGUAGAAGCCAUCUGUAUGUCUUGCUGAAGACAAUGUUCCAUGCACUGAGAAAAAAAAUCCCCUGUUGCUGAACAAACGGCAGUUAAUAUUCUCCGCUUGAUGAAAAUGCAGUAGUGAAUGUGGAACUAAGCCUGUCUGUAUAUCUGGCAUCUCUUCCCUGCUCUGUUUUUACUCACCAGUAUUCUGCCUAAAGAUAGCUUCUGUGACGGUUUAUCACCUAGUGCGCACGUGGUUGUGAAAAUGUAGAGUAGCUUAAAAGAUAAAAAAUGAUGAAAAUUAAGUACAUGGUUACUGACGUAAUUAUAGAUUUGUGUAUGUCUUUUAUGACAGUUCAAGUUUCACCUUAUAUGUAAUAGAAAAGUGUAAAAGAUGAUUUAAAAUAAAACUUUUAUCAGUUCAGCGUUUCUCUGAAAUUCCGUUUUUUUUUUUUUCUUGUUCAGACUGAAAUAAACCAUGUUGGAAAUGUACACACUUGUCGUUUUUCAGUUCGUACAG